AUGUGCCACUUUCGGGUCUCUCUCACACUGCUGCCAGGUCCAUACUGAUUCAUGGCCCCCUGCCUCUGUAUGGCCUUCAAUUUAAGCUGCUUACGCUUCGCCACUCUGCAUGGGCCCCCUGUACCGCCUCCUCUUGCUGCUGGCAGGUCCAGAGUGUGUCAUGGGUCCCUGUACGGCCUCCCAUUGCUGCUGACUUCAUCGCCAGACUCUGCCAUGUGUCCACUUUCAGGUCUCCUUACACUGUUGGUGGGUUCCAUUUUGUGAUAGGGUGCUGUAUGGCCUUCCAUUGCUGCUGCCUCCACCGCCACCCUGCGCCAUGUGCCUCUG